AUGCAACCCCCAGAAUCUAGGGAUGAAAUCCCUCGUCAAACCGUGAUGAAUCAAAUUCACUUGUUACCAGCAGGCGAUCCUGAUAAUCCGGUUCCCCCUUUUACGCAAGAAAUCAUGGGUGCAAGGAUUUCCCGAAAAUUCAAGCUCCCAACCAUCAAAGCUUAUGAUGGUACGGGUGAUCCCGCUAAUCAUGUUCGAACCUUCAUGAACGCUCUGCUACUCCAGCCCGUCACCGAAGCAAUCAAGUGUCGCGCUUUUCCUCAAACCUUAAGUGGAAUGGCUCAACACUGGUAUAGUCGUCUCCCCCCCAAUUCUAUCUCCUGUUUCGCUGACUUGAGCAGGGCCUUCAUAGGGCAAUUUGUUGGAAGCAAAACACAUGCCAAGAGCUCCGCCUCACUGAUGAAUUUGCAUCAAGGUAAGAAUGAAACACUGCGGGAGUAUAUGAAUCGUUUUACCAAAGAAGCCUUGAAGGUCCCAGACCUUGAUCAGAAGGUAGCCAUGAUUGCCCUCCAACAAGGCACCACUGAUGACAAUUUUCGCCGGUCCCUAGCCAAGAGGGCUCCAGACAAUAUGAAUGAUUUACAAGAAAGAGCCGGGAAGUAUAUAAAGGCGGAGGAAAGUUUGAGAAAAUCCCAGAACAAUCAGGGACCGAAUACCAACUUCAAGAAGCGUGGGAAUGAUACGGAGUAUAAUGCUGAGAAUAAGUACUCCCGGAAGGAAGAUGAGGAAAAAUCGCCUGCUAAAAAGAAGAUGGGACCGAGGUUUACUGAGUAUGCCAGGCUUAACGCCCCGAGGAGUCAAAUCCUGUUGGAGAUUGAGAAGGACGAAAGUGUUAGAUGGCCGAAGCCUAUAAGGACCGAUCCGGAGAAACGUAACAAGGAUUUAUAUUGUCGAUUCCACAAAGACACAGGACAUAAGACCGAUGAUUGCCGGCAGUUGAAGGAUGAGAUUGAGUUCUUGAUCCGAAGAGGCAAGUUAUCCAAAUUUACCAAGGAUGGAGACAAGAAUCAUCGAGACAGUGAUAACCGUGGAAGAGACAACGAUGACAAAAGAACUCAGCCUCGAGGGCCUGUUAUUAAUGUAAUCUCCGGAGGACCUACGGCUGCAGGCACUUCAAGCAAUUCAAGAAAGGCUUAUGCAAGGGAAGUGAUGAAUAUAGUUGGAGAACCUCCGAAGCGGGCAAAGAUCGAUUAUGCUCUAGCAUUCGACAAUGUCGACCUUGAAAAAGUAAAAUUUCCUCAUGACGAUCCUUUAGUAAUUACCCCAGUGAUUGGAAAUUCAUCCGUAAAGAGAGUGCUUGUUGAUAAUGGAGCUUCGGUGGAUAUCUUGUUCUAUGAUGCUUAUGAAAAGAUGGGGUAUUCUGAUACUCAGUUAACACCCUCAGACAUGCCUAUAUAUGGCUUCAACAAUGUGGAAACCAAAAUUGAAGGCAUGAUCCAACUUCCGGUAACUAUGGAAGAACCUGAAAAGGUCACUUAUGUCGGAGCAUUACUCCAGGAAGAUUUGAAACAAGAGUUUGUGAGGUUCUUAAGGAACAACCGUGAUGUUUUCGCUUGGACAGCGGCUGAUAUGCCAGGAUGGAGGAGUGAUAUGAUGAUUGGUUGGAUGAGUGGUGUGAAGAUUGUGCUUCUUGAGAUUGUUGAGGUUGAGGUGGAUGAGCCACUUGCAUUUGAUAUGGUUGAAGAGGAGCAUUGA